UUGAACAAAAGAAAUAUGUGGUCUGUCAGUCCUUCAUUGUUUGUCAUUGGCUUCCAGGGGAAACAGGUGUGGCUGUAGUGAUGUCUGUUAGAAUGGCUCCUCCCCUUCCUCUGAUCCUUCUGCUUAUGUUUCCAGGGAGUUGUGGUGGUGAUGGUGGUUGGGCUGUGACUUACAUCUCCUCACACAUCUGUGCACUAGAGGGGUCAUCCUUAAUAGUCCCAUGCACUUAUACAUACCCUCCUGGACAUCAGGUCAAGAAUGUGUUCUGGACCAAAACAACAAUGGGAACAGGAGGAGAACCUCCAAAUCUGUUUAAUGACCCUGAAUACAGACAGAGGAUUCAAUAUCUGGGAGACGAAGAGCACAACUGCACCAUCAGACUGACUCAUGUGAAACAGACAGAUUCACGCACAUACUUUUUCAGAUUCACAACUAAUAUAACAAACGGAAAAUGGAUUGGGAGACCUGGACUGACUUUUAAUGUUACUGAUCUGCAGGUGGAGACGUCCAAGAAAGUGAAAGAGGGAGAUUCAGUGACUCUUACAUGUAAAACCACCUGCAGACUGACUGAAGCAACAACAUUCAUUUGGUUAAAAAACAUGAAGUCAUUACGUAAGAGAACAGACGUGAACAAUGAUAAACUCGUCCUGCGGUCAGUCAGAAGAGAGGAUGCAGGCAUCUAUAGCUGUAGUGUGCGAGGACACAAUCUCAUAUCUCCUGAAUAUCGUCUCAAUGUCAUGUAUCCUCCAGAGAAGACUUUAGCGGUUGUGAGUCCUUCUGGUGUCAUAGUGGAGGGUGAUUCAGUGAAUCUGACCUGCAGCAGUGAUGCCAACCCGCCUGUUCAUACACACACCUGGUUUAAGGAAAAAUCAUCUAUAGGAUCUGGAAACAUCUACAGGAUCAGAAGUAUCAGAUCAGAUCACAGUGGAGAAUACAAGUGCAAAGUCUUCAACGACUAUGGAAUGAGAAACUCAAAUGCUUUGAUCUUAAAUGUCAUGUACCCACCGAGGGAUGUCUCAGUGUCCAUCAAUUCUUCUGGUGUAAUAGUGGAGGGUGAUUCAGUGAAUCUGACCUGCAGCAGUGAAUCAAAUCCACCUGUUCACAACUACAGCUGGUUUAAAGAGAAUCAAACAUCAUCUGUUGGAUCUGGACAUAUUUUCAGACCUCUAGAGAGUGGAUGGUUUUACUGUUUGGCUCAGAAUAAACAUGGAUCUCAGAGAUCAGCUGCCGUGCCAGUAAUCUUUGAUGGCGGUCAAAACGUUCUCCUGUAUACAUUUGCUGGGGGCACAAGUGGACUUGGAGUCUUAUUUUUUAUUUUCAUCAUUUUAGUAAUUUGUAAGAAAAGCCAAAGAUCUGACAACAUCAGAAAAGAGCAGGAGAAUGACUUAACAUAUCAAGACAUGUCGAAGACGGAUGACGACCACAGUGAAAACAUCUACUCAAAUUUCAUCCCUUCAUGCAGCAUCAAUGAGAACGUCUGCGAAUCUCCAGCAGAUGUUGACUACAAUUAUGAGAUAUACGAAAACUUGGACCCCGUACACACCUCCUCUGAAGAUGAUGUGUACUGUACACCUGAUGUGAUUUAUGAUGACCCCAGUGAUGACAUAUACACCAAUCCUAACAUGUGGAGGUCCUUGGAAUCAAACAUCUUCUGUGUGGCUGUAGUGAUGUCUGUUAGAAUGGCUCCUCCCCUUCCUCUGAUCCUUCUGCUCAUGUUUCCAGAGGUUUCUGGUGGUGGUGACUGGGUUGUGACUUACAUCUCCACACACAUCUGUGCACUAGAGGGGUCAUCUGUGAUAAUCCCAUGCACUUAUACAUACCCUCCUGGACAUCAGGUCAAAGAUGUGUUCUGGAACAAAACAAAAGGAAGAAAACCUCCGAAUCUGUUUAAUGACCCUGAAUACAGACAGAGGAUUCAAUAUCUGGGAGACAAACAUCACAACUGCACCAUCAGACUGACUGAUGUGAAAAAGGCAGAUUCGCACAAGUACUACUUCGGAUUUACAACUAAUAUCACAGGUGGAAAAUAUACUGGCACACCUGAAAUUACUCUUAAUGUUACAGAUCUGCAGGUGGAGACGUCCAAGAAAGUGAAAGAGGGAGAUUCAGUCACUCUUACAUGUAAAACCACCUGCAGACUGACUGAAGAAACAACAUUCAUCUGGUACAGAAACAUGAAGUCAUUACGUAAGAGAACAGACGUGAACAAUGAUAAACUCGUCCUGUGGUCAGUCAGAAGAGAGGAUGCAGGCAUCUAUAGCUGUAGCGUGCGAGGACACAAUCUCAUAUCUCCUGAAUAUCGUCUCAAUGUCAUGUAUCCUCCAGAGAAGACUUUACCGGUUGUGAGUCCUUCUGGUGUCAUAGUGGAGGGUGAUUCAGUGAAUCUGACCUGCAGCAGUGAUGCCAACCCGCCUGUUCAUACACACACCUGGUUUAAGGAAAAAUCAUCUAUAGGAUCUGGAAACAUCUACAGAAUCUUAAACAUCAGAUCAGAUCACAGUGGAGAAUACAAGUGCAAGUCAACAAAUAAACAUGGAGUGAAAUAUUCAGAAGCUCUGACGCUGAAUGUGAUGUAUGCACCAAGGAAUGUCUCAGUGUCCAUCAGUUCUUCUGGUGUAAUAGUGGAGGGUGAUUCAGUGAAUCUGACCUGCAGCAGUGAAUCAAAUCCACCUGUUCACAUCUACAGCUGGUUUAAAGAGAAUCAAACAUCAUCUGUUGGAUCUGGACAGACGUUCAGCAUCACUAACACUAAUUCUAGUCUCAGUGGAUGGUUUUACUGUGUGGCUCAGAAUAAACAUGGAUCUCAGAGAUCAGCUGCCGUGCUAGUAAUCUUUGAUGGCGGUCAAAACGUUCUCCUGUAUAUAUUUGCUGGGGUCAUAAGUGGACUUGGGGGCUUAUUUUUUAUUUUCAUUGUUUUAUUCGUUUGCAAGAUGAAAAAACAAAGAUCUAACAACAAUGGAGGAGAGCAGGAGAACGACUCGACAUAUCAAGACAUGUCAAAGAGGCAUGAUGACCACAGAGAAAACAUCUACACGAAAUGCAUCUCUGUGAGCAUCUGCGAAUCUCCUCCAGAUGUUGACUGCAACAAUGACAUAUACCAAAACUUGGACCCAGAAGACAAGUCCCAUGAAGAUGUGUACGUCACACCUGAUGUACUUUCGGAUCAGUGCAGGGCUGCUGAUGGCGUCUACACGACUCUUGAGCUUCAGUCCAGAUCUUCUGAAUAUGAGAACUAG